CCAGAUACCAUGGAAAAAUACCAGAUUUUGCAAAAGUUGAGUCCCGGAGCCUUAGGGGUGAACCUGGUGGUGGAAGAACUGGAAACUGAAACCAAGUUCUUGAUAAAAGAGGUGGAGUGUAUUGAUGAGCAUCAUGCCAACAAGGCCCUGGAGGAGCUGAUGCCCCUGCUGAAGCUCCAGCACCCCAACAUCUCUCUGUACCAUGAGAUGUUCAUCAUGUGGAACAACGAGAUCUCUUCUCUGUUCCUCUGCCUGGUGAUGGAUUAUUACACCCAAGGGACCUUCCAGAAUAUCAUGGAGAAUAAAAGGAAGUUAAAAGAGGUUGUUGACACUGAGUGGAUGCAUACCAUGCUAAGCCAGGUGCUGGAUGCCAUCGAUUACCUACAUGAGUUGAACAUCAUUCACAGGAACCUCAAGCCUUCCAACAUCGUCCUUAUUAACAACGGCUACUGUAAACUGCAGGACUUGAGCUCCCAGGCCCUGAUGACCCAUGAAGCCAAGUGGAAUGUCCGAGCAGAAGAAGACCCCUGCCAGAAGUCCUGGAUGGCUCCCGAAGCUCUCAAAUUCUCCUUCUCCAGCAAAUCUGACAUCUGGUCCCUGGGCUGCAUCAUUCUAGACAUGGCCACUUGCUCCUUCCUGAAUGACACAGAAGCCAUGCAACUGCGGAAGGCCAUCCGCCAUCACCCAGGCAGCCUGAAGCCCAUCCUGAAAACCAUGGAUGAGAAGCAAAUCCCUGGUACAGAUGUCUACUAUUUGCUUCUGCCCUUCAUGCUGCAUAUCAACCCCUCUGACCGACUAACAAUCAAGAAUGUGAUCCAAGUCACCUUAAUGAGCAGCUCCUUCAAGAGCUCCUGUGUUGCUCUGAACAUGCAGCGGCAGACGGUUCCCAUCUUCAUCACUGAUGUACUGCUAGAAGGCAACAUGGCCAACAUCUUAGAUGUCAUGCAGAAUUUCUCCAGUCGACCAGAGGUCCAGCUCAGAGCCAUUAACAAGUUUCUGACCAUGCCAGAGGAUCAGCUAGGCCUGCCAUGGUCCACAGAGCUGGUGGAGGAGGUAAUCAGCAUCAUAAAGCAGCACGAGAAGAACCUGGAUAUUCUGCUCAGCACCUGCUCCCUGUUGCUGCGUGUUCUGGGCCAAGCACUGGCAUACGACUCAGAAACUGAGAUCCCAAGGAGCAGUCUGAUUGUCUCCUUCCUGAUGGAUGCCUUGCGGAACCACCCGAACUCUGAAAGAUUGAUUACUGUGAUCUACAACGUGCUCACCAUUAUCUCUAGCCAAGGACAGGUCUCAGAAGAGCUGGAAGAGGAGGGCUUGUUUCAGCUUGCCCAAGAACACCUGGAGCACUUCCAAGAGGACAGGGACAUCUGCCUCGCUAUCCUAAGCCUACUCUGGUCACUCCUGGUAGAUGUUGUCACUGUGAACAAAGAGCCCCUGGAGCAGCUCUCAGGCACAGUCACCUGGGUGCUGGCUACCCAUCCGGAGGACGUGGAAGUGGCAGAGGCUGGCUGUGCGGUGCUCUGGCUGCUGUCCUUGUUGGGCUGCAUAAAGGAGAGUCAGUUUGAGGAGGUGGUAGUGCUGCUUCUGAACAGCAUCCAGCUGUGCCCUGGCAGAGUACUGCUGGUCAACAAUGCUUUCCGUGGCUUGGCCAGUCUCGCAAAGGUGUCUGAACUGGUGGCCUUCCGAAUAGUAGUACUGGAAGAGGGCAGCAGCGGCCUCCAUCUCAUCCAAGAUAUCUACCAGCUCUACAAGGAUGACCCUGAGGUGGUGGAGAACCUCUGCAUGCUGUUGGCCCAUCUGACCUCCUACAAGGAGAUCCUGCCAGAGAUGGAGUCUGGAGGCAUCAAAGACCUAGUCCGGGUGAUCCGGGGGCGCUUUACCUCCAGCCUGGAGCUGAUUUCUUAUGCUGAUGAGAUACUUCAGGUACUGGAAGCAACUGUAUAUCCUAGCCCCCAGGAGGACCAGCUUGAACCUUCUGCAGUACGGGAAGACCCCAAGUCUCCUCCCCACUGCAGCUAG